CCGUCCGGCUCUACGGCGCGUCGCCCCAGCCGGCCGGGGGGGCUCCCCCUGGAUGACGUGCCCCUCGGCAGCUCUGAGGAGGCCGGAGCUCGAGGGCACCCCUGCGGCGAUGCCGCCGAGGGAGCCCCUGGCGCCGCAGGCCUAUGCCAGCCUCGCGCCCGCGGCUCCAGUGGGUGCAGCCGCUUGGAUAAUGCGGCCCGCUGUGUUUCAGAGGUGCUGCACCCUCGUGCUGCUCCUCUGGUCCGCCGCGGCGCUGGCCGCCUGCUUCGGGGCCGCGGGCUCUGCGGAGGGGACAACCCGCAGCUGGCCGCCGCGCUGCAGGACCUGGCGGGCGCAGGCUGCAGGGUGGUGAGCGUCAGCAGGUUCCGGCAGUCCAUCGACGGCUUCUUCAGCUCCGCCGCCGCGGAGCCCUGGCGGCAGGGCCUCGCCGCUACGCGCAUCCCCGACGUCGGCGGCGUCUGGCACCACGAGGGCAUUAUUCUGGAAUUCGCGGCGCCGAUGGACGUGCCCGUUGGCUUCAUGAGGCUCGACUACGGCCGGUCGGGGCUGUGCUUCGAGCUCCACCGCCACUUGCCCCACGUACAGGGCCAGCUCCCCGACAGCUCCCCCGCGGCGCUCCGCCGCCGCGGCGUGCCCCGGGAGCGCGGCGACCUGCAGCGGCUGCGGCAGCUCCUGGCCGCCGUCCGAGGCUGGCGGUACAACAUCGUCACCUUCAACUGCAUCUCAUUCGCGGACCUCGUGUGGGAGCUGUACGUUCCGCCGGGCACCUGA